AUGCUUCCCCGUAAACUCUUUCAAUCUCAACCGUCCAUGCCAUCAUCUUUAAAUAACCCACCUCUUCAAUCUCCCCACCACCACCGCCGUAACUACCACCACAUUCUAAUUCCUCUCCUCGCCGGAACCGCCGUCUUACUGACUCUCCUCCUCUUCUUCAUCUUCCUUUUCCGCCGCACUAGAAAAAAACGCACCGCUCCAUUCUCCUUCACCGACGAGAAUCAACCGCACCGGUUAUCCUACUCCCUCCUCCGCCGUGCAACAAACUCCUUCUCAGUUCCACUCGGUCAUGGCGGAUUCGGCACCGUGUUCUCGGGCACACUCUCUUCGAAACCGAUCGCUGUUAAGCUCAUGGACAGUUCUUCUCAACAAGGUGAACGGGAGUUUCACAACGAGCUCUUCUUCUCUUCGAAGCUUCGAUCUCUUUAUAUAGUUCCUCCGUUAGGGUUUUCGUCUGACCCAAAACAGUGCCGUUUUCUCCUUGUUUAUCCUCUGAUGCAAAACGGUAAUCUUCAAGACGCGCUUUUGAAGCGUAAGUGCUCUGAACUUUUUGAUUGGGGUAAGAGGUUUGAAAUUGUGUUGGAUAUAGCUAAGGGACUUUGUUAUCUUCAUUCUUUUGAUCCUCCUGUUAUACAUGGUGAUAUAAAGCCUAGUAAUAUUCUUUUAGAUUGUGAUUUUGCUGCUAAAAUUGGCGAUUUCGGACUUGCGAGGUUGAAAUCAGAGCCGGUUAGGGUUGAUGUUGAGCUUUUGGAUAUUGAUAGUGAGGAUGAAAUGAAGAAAAGGGGUGAGGAUUUGGAGUGUGGUGGUGUUAGGGUUUUGAUUGAUGAUUGUGGAUCUGUGGAAAGUGUUCAUACUACUUUUUUUGAAGAUGGUGCUAAUUUGGGUUUGGAGCAAUCUCCGAUGGCUUCACCUAUGACGAUGGCUGUGACAGCAUCGCCGGGGUUUGAUAAGGGUAGUGUGAAGAGUGAGAAGGAUGUUGUUAGUGUUGAGGAUGGUAGGAGGAAUGGGAAAGGGGUAGCAAGUAGUUCGGUUAGGGAUUGGUGGUGGAAACAUGAGAAUGAGGUUGUGGGUUUGAUGCCCGUUGGUGAAGGUAAGAAGGUGAAGGAUUAUGUGAUGGAUUGGAUUGGAAGGGAAGUGAAAAGUGAAAAGAGUGAAUUAGUUGAAGAGAAGAUUGAGAAGAAGAAGAAGAACAAGAAGCAUAAAUUGGAAUGGUGGGAAUCAAUGGAUGAGGAAAAUGUUGGUGGGGUGAUGAAGAAGGAUAAAAGAAAAUCGGUUAGGGAAUGGUGGAAGGAGGAGUAUUGUGAAGAGGCUGCAAAGGAGAAAAAGAAGAAGAAUAAGAAUAAGAAUAAAAAGAAAAAGGGUGUUGAAAAUGAUGAUGGCAUUAGCAUUGAUGAUAAUUGGUGGAUGAGUGAUGAUACAUUAUAUGGGGAUAGAAAGAAGGAAAAGAGAAGAAGUAGGAAUAAUCGUGGUAGUGUCGAUUGGUGGUUAGAUGGGUUCAGUGGCGAGUUAUGGAGAACACGUAGGAAUAGUUUUGAUUCAGCUAGUGGAGACAUUCCAAAGAGUGGUGGUGUGAGUAGUACACCAAGUAUGAGAGGAACUAUUUGUUAUGUUGCUCCCGAGUAUGGCUAUGGUGAAAAUGUCUCCGAAAAGUGUGAUGUUUAUAGCUUUGGGAUCUUGUUGCUCGUUAUCAUUUCCGGGAGACGCCCACUUCAAGUGACCGGUUCACCGUUUUCGGAGUUUCAAAGAGCAAAUCUUUUGUCAUGGGCGCGCCAUUGUGCAAGAAACGGUAAGCUUAUUGAGUUGGUUGAUGAAUCUAUUCAGUCAUUGAAUAAGGACCAGGCCCUGAUCUGCAUCAAAGUGGCUUUGCUUUGUUUGCUUAAAUCACCUACUCGGCGUCCUUCAAUGAAGGAGGUUGUCGGGAUGCUAAGCGGAGAACUGGAACCACCCCAGUUGCCUGUUGAGUAUUCGCCUUCAACCCCUUCCCGCCUCCCUUUCAAGUGUAGGAAGAAAGGCCAAGGCCGGUAA